UAUCUGCGCCUUCUGUUGUAUCCUCUUGCCCUACUACCUUUACGAGAACCACAAAACAGUCACACUUACAAACAAACUUCACAAUUAGCAGGAGAAGACCUGUGACGAUGAGUAGGGUUGCUGCUGGAAGGCCUCAUAAGUAGUGACAUUAAUAAGUAGCUACAAACGAGGCGCCAUGACAUAACAUGACGUUUCAUCUCAGUUCUACUACUCUUCCUAAGCAGGGAGAAAAGAGGAACUAAGGGGGAUUUAUAUUUAUUGUACUGUACUAUGGAUGUGACUCCAACAAUUUAUAUACGCAGUAACACCUCCUCCGCCUUCAUAACUAGCACCCCCUCUUGCUAAUACUUUUCUUGAAGAUCCCUCAGCAUCAUCGUGUGGAGAGAGCGAGGCCGUUAAGAACUACGCGGGGGAAGUGGAGGACGAUACUGUUAAGGGUUUCCGAAUUGCAUUCCUCACUGCCAUCCCUAGAGCUCUUUGCCCAGUAGAAAAGAAGCUAGAAACUAUGUACUUAAGAGUGUAAAAAUUUCGUAACCUCUAAUACUGGGAAGGAAUUCGUGCCGCACGCGUCUGAAAUUCCCUGGUUGCGGCAUCAACAGCCACUCACGGAGACUCGCUGGCUCGAACAGCUAAGGGAGAGAGCAGCAAGUCAGGCGGGUGUGGUUACGAUAGGCAUCAGUCAAUUUUUCGGGUUGUAACAAUUGAAAUCUUCAAAAUCAUGAUGAUCAUGCUUUUGUUCAGAGAAAUAUUGAGUCUUUGGUCUUCCUCGGUUCAUGAACAUCAUGAUGAUCAUGGUUCCGUCGACGGUUUCGGAAUACUGAUGCUCUGGGCAACAUGCCAUACCAUACUUCUAGGAAAAGUGUUGACCGACACCGAGGAGAGCCUGCACCUGCCUAAGCAGGUACUCCGUUCGUACUACACCAGAAGUGUUUCUUUACUAGAGGCCUGAUGAAAAGUGAACUGCUGAGGAUUUUUAUCUUAUGCAGCACUUUUCUCCUUGUUUCUCGAAUUUCAUUUUUGCGACUAACACUAAAACUAAUGGUUGUUCCUUAUGCUAUAAAAAUAUGUAAGACAAGCAUCACAAGAUGAGGUAGUCUCCUCUACCUCUCACCCCCUCUUACCCUCUAACGCGAGAAACGGUUGCACGCGUGAUGGGCGGGAAGCCCAGCUAGAAUUAAGGACUUCAUCCCUCUUGCGUCCUGCAGUAACAUCUUCCCGUGAAAGAAGUAGUUAGUACUAGGGGAAGACGUUCUCGUUCUGCAGAUGAAUGCAAUUAUGUCGGGAGAAGCUCGAAUAGAAGAGCCUGAAGACCCGUUUUCUUUUAGUCGUAAAGUCAUCCUUGUGGAGAGUCCCUUGUGCAAAUGCUUGAUGCGACCAGAACAAAGCGCCAACAUCCAGCUUUGCAUCAUGCUAUCCAUGUAUUGCGAUGGUCACCAUCAUCGGAACUUGGGGAAUUUAAGAAUUCGGUAUCGGUUUGGUAUGUUGUUACUUGUAUUCGACAACAUAAAUAUGAAAUAAGCAAGUAGAAGAAGUGUGUUCAAUAAUACGGUAGUUCUGUUCUAAGUUAGAAGUAGCUUUCUUAAGGAUCACUUUACUCAGUUAAAUUUCAGUUUAUCGAAUAGUUGCAGGGACAGAAAGCCGAAGCAUACUAUCCUAUCCAACUUUUUUUCUCACACUGGGAAUCUUCUAACUUUCGAACUACCUACAAUAGCAGACAUGCCGAAGGAGGACUUAAUAGAGGAGGCCUGCAAUAAGCUGGAAGAGUGGUCCGCGCACACGGAGAGCGACCUAUUAUGAUCUUUAUUUCUAGAUACGGAUGAUGUUUUUUGCAUCUACUGUCAGACCAUGAUCAUCUAGAAGUAAAGAUUAGUACCCCUUUUAUUAUUCCCUUGAACUAGAAGCCUAAGACUAGUACCCCUUUUAUUCGUCCCCUUGGCAGUGUAUAAGCUGAAGGGGGGCCGCCUUACGGGGGGGCACCUCGAUGGUCUGCCUAAAAAGUGAAGUUUCGUAAUUUAGUAUCCAUCCUUCUCAGGGGCUUCUCUGUCCUUCAUGCCGAGCACAUCACUACUUUGUCGCCUAUGACCGUUCUGGCACUUAUUUUCUGACGCUUAAGACGCUAUUUGUUUGGUAUCCUGCCUUGUGCUCCAGCUCCUAGAGUUAGAAGAGUCCAAGAGGAAGGGGAAACGUAGACGUAAUCAGAGGAGGGGGCCGCGAGAUGGAUUCGCGCUGGCUGCUCUAAACCUAAGGAAAUUUGGAGACAGAGGAAUAAAGGCGGAAGAAAAGACUAGUGAAGGCGCUGGGUCAGGGUCUCCUCGCAAGAGUAAAGACAACUCGCCUCGCAGAGUCAACGCGGGGAACAAAAUGGAGGGACCUAAAGUUAAGUCUGCAUAAAAAGACUUACAUUGUUCGCAAAGAGGAUUAUCAAUCUACUGAUCUUCCUUUGAUUUUCUUACUGGUCUUAUGGUUCUACCAGCUUAAGAUUUUUUUAAAUUGGUGCUCGGGCAACUACCGGACAAGAGCUAGGACAAUUACAGUUUUUCACCCCAUACAUUUAGAUAUAAUCAAAUUAACUUUGUCUCAGGGGUGUGCUGCAAAAAAUCUAGAUUGGCUUCUUCCUUUUUUAUAAGGAUGGGGCUUAGGUCCAGCGACGCCCAAAGCACAAAAUUAAAGUAGCCGGCUAGUUUUCCCUCUACCCUUAGACUUAUCCCUUCAUGCGAUACAAUCAAAGUAAGUAACUCACAUCCAUACACUUCACCCCACUAGUACCUAGUUAUAAACUUAUAUAUAUGUUGCCAUAAGUGCAACUACGUUGGCACGGCAUUUUUCCAUCUUCUAAGCACAGAGAGCACAUCCGGAAUCUUCUUGUGGUCAAGAGAGCAACGAAACUGCAUCCGAAUAUUCAGACGUCGAUUAUUUAAGGCCGCGCACAACUCGACGAGUCGUCAGUUUGUCGUACGUGGAUGGCAGUUUGUACUUUUUAUACUGAAGCUGUAUUUAAUAUAAUGUACUUCUACCUUUCCCGCAGCGCUGGGAAAGGUAGAAGUACAUUAGUGUGCCUCAAUGCUCUGCUGCAAUGUGCGGCCAGCGCUGCUGAGGGAUAUUCCCAGGCGAGCCAGUAGGUGACCGCCCGACUCGUGUGCAGCUUGCUGCGGGUCCAGGAUGCAUGCGCUUACUCUGCCGGGAGGGGCUCGAGAACUGGGCGCCCCGAUUUGUGGCCCCAAGUAUCAUGGUGGGCGCACGGUGGGCGAAAUCUUUCGCAGAAGACCCACUUUUGGGCCGCCCAGCGUGCCAAGCGUGUCCACAGGUCCAAUUCUGGAGAGGGAGCAAACUUUCGCAUUUAUCAUGUACUUCUACCUUCUCCUAAUAAAAAUAUAGAUGUAUACUUAUUUAAUAAUGUACCUCUAGUACUGUGCGUGGAUGUCAGUUUGUACUUCUUGUACUGAAACUGUCUUUAAUGUACAACUUCUACUUUACUGAAAAUGUAUUAGUACUAUUUUGCAGUACUACGUAGGAUACAUCAGAAUUCACAAGGAACUGGAAGUCAGUUUCUACUUGUUGUUAUCAGAUGACUAUGACAGCGAAAUAACUACUUUUGUUUAAAAAUCAAUUUGAAAGCCCUAAGCCCUAGUCUUCGCCGCCCUAACCCUAGGCCCAAGCCCUAAGCCAUCUAAUUUACGGUGACGGAACCUCCAGAAGCACCCGUAGAAGAGGAGGGGAACACCGUGGCCGAGAACGACAAACGCGCACCGUGUACCUUUUGGAAAUUGCAUGCGCGGAGUGUGUCUGUCGACCAGAAAUAUUAAGACUUCGUCCCCUAAUCCAUCUCUAGUACUAUAGACAAUCUGCAUCCCUCAACAGUAUUUAAAUGCACCGCCAUCACCAUCUCUAGUACCAUAGACAUGCUGCAUCCCUCAACAGUAUCUAAAUGCACCCCAAGCAAUACUGAACAAGGGAAUCAAUAAAUAGGAAGGCAUAUUACGACCCUUGCGGGAUCGCUAUAUAAGGUUGCGGGAUCCCUAUCAGGAGUGUUGGUUCAAACUAGGGGAAGCUCUAAAAAUACAAAUUUCAUGGAAGAAAUCACUAUGGGGGAUUUUCGGUUUUCGGAAAAAAAGGCGAGUCGCACGAUUCCGCCACUUGGAAUUAAGGAUGGAAGUACAGGACGAUUAUCAGGAGCAUACAGAUUCGUAUUCGCUGCACUUAUCCUUUAUAUAUAUAUUUUGGUAUUCGCACUUAUCCUUUAAAUAAAUUUGUGGUAGACUGAUAGAUGACAGUGACAGUGGACCACUAAUAAAUACAGAAUAGUUCUCUUCCAAAUGAUACAUUAGUAGACUGAAUAACAGAAGCUGACGACUUUUUCUAGGACAGAAAUAGGAACAUUUAAGGAAACGUGAUGAUGAUUGAUGAUGAAAGAACAAGAACUACUACUAAGUCAAUGUUGAAGUUUGAAAGAGCAAGACUGUAAAAGGCCCUUUUGGUCUUCUGCGGUUUGAAUCAUCACUACUACAACUAGCUGUACUAGUUCUAGUACUUCUUCUAAUUUGUCGAGUUGGCGCUUGGUCACGCAUACGCAUUGGAUGUCGUUUCCAUCGUAGCUUUUCCGAUAAAGCAACCCUUCAAAGGAGUUUGGAAGCCUGAAGUUACGAUGAAAGAAAAGGAGAAGUAAGUAGAGAAAGAAGAGAGAAGAAGAACGUUAUAUUGACGCUAAAAAAACUUGCUUAGGGUUUUCACUAGAGCCUUUUACUUGAGUCAGUACUAGAAUGGUCGCCUCAUGCUCGUACUUCUCGGCUCAUACCUCACGCUUACCAGUUACUUGAGUCAGCACCUUGACGGAAAAAUCAGAUGGUGCUUACUAGCGCCUUCUACUUAAUCGCUCACUACUUGCCAAUGAAAUAAUACCUCGUGCCUUAACGGUAGAACUAGUACUUUGGUGGACCAUCACGUUGCCGUUGGAGUCUUGUUAGAUCCUAUCCUAUCCUAUGAAAAAAAAGUCCUAGUGAAAUUCCCGUUUGCCUUCGUCGUCUUCUAAGGAAAAACUGAAAGCCAAGGAGAUCGCACUUCGAAAAAGAGAUGAGGGAAAGGCAGAGCAGAAAGAGGAGGCCGGAGGGGAAGAAACAGCUGCUUCAUCCUCCUCUUUCUCCGAGACGAAGGAGAACGGAGGAAGCGCCUUGUUGGAAUAGGGCAGAUAAAAAUACUUGCUCUAGUAAAGACCACCACAGACGCUGUCAUUGAUAUAAUUACUUACUUUCUUUCUUAAAUCAGAAGAAGAAAGUAGGUGGAAAGUCGUGCCAAGAAGAAUAUUAGUUCGUGGUUGUACUCCACGACGGAUGAAAAUUUUGACUAACUUCUCAAUCUCGUUCCUCCUAGUAAGCUACUUUUGUAACUUUCAUCUCCAACUAAGGUACUUCAAUAGAAGUCCUCCCGCUAUAUUCAAAUUGAUUUCUUACACGACUCACUGACUUGUAGUACUAUAAAGUUAGUUUUCAUCCCUCAUUUUCAUCCUCGGUUAGUCCCUCCAAUGAAAAUUGAAUUUAACCUAACUUAACCUAGUGAUAGUUUGAAGAUUAAACUAUUAGUCAACUAGGAAGCGAAUGCAGGGCAGGCGCACAGUUGGACCCCGAGAAGGUGCGGGGCUGUGUUAGAGAAUUUCUUUUCCCGCCCGCCCGCCCAGCAUGCCGUUUGGUUCCUCGCGCCCAGGGGGGUUCUGCCUCUGGUGACAGAGGAAUUUCCGAGGGGUGUGAGGAGUUGGUGGCCCACGUUGAGGCUGGAUUAGGCCGCCUCUCCACCAUGCCGAAUAGCUGUAAUAGUAGUUGUUUGAAGAUUAAACUAUUAGUCAUUCAUCCUGUCGUGGUCAGGAAGUUUUUUUAUCUCAUCUGUGAAAUGUUUUUUUCGACUAUCUAUGGUUUCCAAGGCUUUCGUCGAAAAGUGACUUAGUACUAUGAGUCUUCUUGCUUCUAAUGGCCAAAGCUCGAAGAUACAGUCGCACCCAAAAAUGCAAAGUCCCAAGAUCAAGACUUUACCAGCGAUGUGGAAUUUUAAGGCUCAAAAUGAUUCAUUUCUACGUGCUGUUAUUUUUCAUUGUUUCCUUCUUCAGCGUUCUAAUGCUGAACUAUAAUGUAUCGCAAGUUUUGGUCUUCUUCUUCACUACUGCUGUCUCAAGAGCGGUGACAUGCGUAGCUUAGCUGUCUCAAGAGCGUGGUAUAGAUACAACGCUUGAGAUCCGUUGAAAGACUGAGCCUGAGAAUAUAUGAUAAUGAGUUGUUUUUUAUAGUUUUCGGCUCUGCUCCUCAUGUUCCCACUUCAAAAUACAGGGUUACUACUGCUGUGCCUCAGGGUUACAGUUUUCAGCUCUAAGAGUUGGUAGACGUGCUUCUGGUUUACGGUAUGGCCAUUCGCAAUCCAUGGGGAGACACCCAAGCGAAUGCGGGAGUUCGACUAAACGGGUUCUCGAAAGUUAUGCUGUUCUGGAACUAGAGGUGUCCCACUCCAAUUUGUUACUAGUACAGUUUACAAGCUUUCCACUAAUGAUUCGUCGUUCCUUCGUCCUUUAUAGUGCAGCUGUUGGGCUGCUACUAGUACUACUCGUCGAGACAACAAUUUGAGGGAUGUAUGACUAUCCUCGUCCAAUUUAUAGGGUUUAGUGCUACUCGUCGUCGCGCUUCUUGUGGUUCUCGUUGCACUUAUGCUUCUACCUGAAAAAAGACAUUAAUAUAGUAUACGUAAGCUAAAGUUUAAGUACUCGGUGCACCCUCAACCUUAACGUUAGCCUCAACCUUAACCUUAAGUCUGACAACGAACGGGGUGGACUCACUCUGACAACGAAAGUAAUCGAAAGCAGGAAAUAUCCGAGUUACUGACUGAAAUAUGGGACGUAGCUUCUAAAGACUACCCUUCCCUCAGGAGAUGAAGUAUCUCGGUUAUUCUUGUGUUGUCUUCCUCAAGAAACUGUUGUUGAUGCUAACCUAACCUUCUAAGCUCCGAGAGCACUGGGAGCCGAACCCUGAUCAUGGCAUGGACGCAGUCGACCUGCUGUUUAUGGAAUUCAAUGGUCACCAAGCGGAAGAGGAAAAGCAGAAGGCGAACGCCGCGUUUCAACCUAAUCCUAAGGUUAUGAGAUGAAACGAAUGUAUGAUUUAGAAUUAUCCCACUGAAUUCAACGAUUAUAGAAUCCCACGGAACUCAAUGGUUUCCUGGAUAUUUUUUGGUCUCUGGUGUUAUAGCGCUAACAAUUAAAUGAUAGAAUGAUCGUCCCACUGAACUAAAUGAAUGGUUUCCCGGAUAUUUUUUGGUCUUCGUCAUAGAAGUACAUGUAGUAUGUGUUUGUUGACUAUGUAUGUGAGACUCAUGCCGUGCCAACCUUAGGGGAUUGGAAGACAAUGACAAGUAAAGGGCAUAAUUCCGGGUGCUCGUCAGAAGUGAAGUGCUGGUUGUUAGUUGUUGUUCAUAAUUAUAGACAACUCAUACGACUUUUUUGACACAUGCACUCUUCUUGAGGACCAAUAAUGUACUAUCUAUCAGAAGAUACGACGACUCUUCAUCCCACUCCCAAGUCCCAACUCACUCAUAUUAAUGAUUAGGAGACGACUCUAAACAAAAGAAUUACGCUCGCAGGUCUCACUAUAUGCAAAAAGAGGGGAACACAGAGCCGAAACUGCCGAACCUGAAAGAGCACCUGUUCAACAUAGAUUUAAGGUUUCAGUUCUAGGUAGUUGACCUCUCUAACUCUAUGAGCAUGAGCAAGAAAUACAUCUAUGAAUUUUCCCUCAUAUCCUAGGUUUAUCCUUCCCAGCAAUAUAUCUAUGAACGAAUUGUAGCUUUCAAGUAGUUCUCAAGUAGUUAUUAAGAACAAGUAGUUUUCAACAAGUACCAGGAUCAAAAAAAGAACAAAGUAGUCAUCUAGCAGUAGUCAUAGUCAUAGAUCAUUUCUUUAUGCGUCGAACUAGAUCUAGAUUGAAUGUUGGGUCAACAACUUGCAACCCCUAAUAGCUGACGAGGAUUCUUGGGACAAAAAGGGCAUCGAAAUCUUUCAACUAGAUGAAUUUUGCGGAUGGGAUAUGGAUGCGCGGCAAAUGGACGAUUUUGCUAAGGAAUUGGCCAAAAAGGACGAGUCCCUACCUCCGGAGGCGAAAGAAAUACGAGAGCAGAUUGGAAAAAGACGGGACUCUUUCUUUUAAGAAGCAUGAUUGAAGGCAUAAUUAACGCAAAACGCGAUACGUAAAUAAUCAAAAAAUGCUACUGCACCACGAUCAUGAUCCUCCUUCAGGUAACAACAUGAUCAUGACUGUCUGUCCAGUCUUGAAGCUUUAAAAUUAGCUUCUUUGUUCCUUCUUUAUUUCUCUCCUUAACUUUUUUUUUUUUCUGGUCUUGAUGGAUCGAUCGUUACUGGGCUACCCUUUUUCGUCCCUUCUGUUCCAUCCCUUUCUUUGAUUGAGUAGAAGCACUCUUUUACUGAGUAGAAGUACUCUUUGAUUGAGUAGAAGUACUCUUUGAUUGAGUAGUACUCUUUGAUUGAGUAGUACUCUUUGAUUGAGUAGUACUCUUUGAUUGAGUAGAAGUACUCUUUGACCUCUUUCAUAGCAGCGCUCGGAUUCCUAGACACUGCAUCAAGGAGUUGGAAGUGCAGCAAUUUCGUUCAUGGAAUUGGCUUCCUUUCGACGAGCUUGCGAAAACAAUCGACGUCGGCAAAGAUGCUUAAGGGUCUAGUUUUUUGGUGUGGUAGUUCUUGUUGCUAUUAGUACUUAGUUUUGCACCCCAUGGUGCAUUGUAGAUAUGAUUAGUUUUUUGCUCUUCCCGAUACCGUUCCACCAGUUUUGCCUAUCCAUCAUAUAGGAGAAAGGCAUAACUAGCGGGGUCAACUAUCUAACACCAAAAAAACAAAAAGCCUAACAAACUCUAAGACCCCAUAGACAGAAUCGAGUUGACGAUGGUGCCCCUACCGCAUCGUCAUUGGUCCAAGCAUCCACCUGGAACCAACAUUAUGACACCGCAAUUGUGUGACGAUUUAAUAAAAGAGUAUUCAUGACGACCACCUCUUUUUCCUUCAUCGUCAUUGUUGAGCCUCUUGAUAUCCUCAGCCGUCAUCUAUCUCUCUCUAAGCAUUUUGGUGUUGGAGUCUUCCCUCUGGGUGCAGACGGCAGUCGAGUGCCUCAGUUGGGUGAUACACGAUCCGAGGAACAGAGGCGAAUUGACGAAGAGGUUAAGGACUCUUUCCACGUUGCAUUCUGCACUGCAUUCUUCUGCACUUGCUGCAUGCUUGGCCCUUGUAAUUUUUCGAGUUGAAGAUCACAGGUGCUCAAGAAUGUUCUGAUGUUCUGAAGAAUGUGAUAACUUCCUGCAGGUGGAGCCUCUAAAGACAACGGCAAGAAAAGACAAAUUUCGAUGUCCAAGGGAGAACAACUUACGAAGAAGGACCACGCUUGUCGUAGAGAGAGGUUUUUGGUAAUGUUCGUUUGUGGAGGUGUGUUCUUGUGACUUGUAGUUUCGUUUUGUUUGAUUGUGAUGAUCUGAUGGAAUUUCUACCUAUUGUUAGAAAUCCUAUUUUUCCUAGACUAAGUUGUAGUAGUUGCAGGCCGCCUUGUUUGAUCAGAAGACCUCCGGGGCAGUUGGACGAACUCGAGGCGCCUAGAAUAAGCGGAUCCUAACAUAAACGUGGCCACUAUAGCUCUUUUUAAACAGUUGGGCUUUUUCCUUUUUAUGUAAUUUUUUUUCCUAGUUAGACGUGCUCCACCGGUAUAAUAGCAUCCGACAGAAAUAACGUAAUUAAACGUUCUAGUGGAGGGGUACGUGCUCUAUACGACCUACAAUCUAGUCCUCUCAUCAUAAUAUAUACACAUGGCUUUUUAGGCAGAUGAAGGCUCUUCUAACGUGUUGCCUUUGGAGGACGCAGAUCCGGAAUCGACGGUCAUUCUUUAAGGCCUUUGUAUUUUAGUUUUGCUUCUCCUCUUCUCUAUCUGCUCUCAGGCUUCUGAGGCACCUAUCUCACGCUUACCACGUUACUUAUUUGUAUGAAAUUUCAUUCUGCUGCUGCUGCUCCUACGUGAACAUGAACAUCGUGGAGACCACUAAGAAGUAGAAGUAUUCUCUUUCGCUCCCACUUUCAAGAUAUCUGUGAAAAAAUUAUACAACGCUAAUGUAUUGCUGCGAUGGAAGGCAAUGCCGAAUCCGUCCUUGAUCCUGGUACUCUUAAGGCUUUGAGGGCAUGCGUAUCUUCCGAAAUAAAUCAAAACGCAGAAAAAGAAGGAGUCAACGCAGAUCUUUUGUGACCACUUGACUGCUUGAUUGAUUGAAUGUGAUGAAUUUCUACGCAGCUAAAAGAAGAUUCCAUUACUCUUGGCAGAGUACUACAGAGGAUUCAUGUUUGAGGUUAUUCUUUUGGAAAAGCUCUAAGGCUUCAGCGAGUGCAGCCAACGGCGAAGAAUUAAGGCUCUACUCAGUCAUUGUUCGUUGAAGAAUUUCAUUUCUACAAGUCUGCUUCACGUUCACUUCGUAUUGCUGUUAAAAUGUGAAUUGUUUCAACCUCUACCAAUUAGUGUCAGUCUUUACCACGCUUCAAAGCUGAAACAUCAGAAAAAGCCUAUUAUCUAUGAUUGACUAGUCUAAAUAGAAAAAGCUCUGUUAAUAUAUAUUUAUAUCUUCCUCUGGUCUGUCUUUUUUCUAGUUAGGUCGGCUCCGCCACAAUUUAUAAUGUCUCCUAUAUAUUGAUUCGAUGGGAGGCAGCAUCUAGUCCUAACAAAACAAAAAAAAACUGUGAACAUGAAAAUUGUUCCCGGGGAGACAGAUUCACAUCCAUGUAAUGUCUAAUGUAAUUGUAAUGUAAAUAUUCCUUUCAAGCACUAGUACAUGUGCUACCAACCGCACAACGAACAUCUAGGAGAUCUUUUAUGCAGUGGUAAGCUACAUGAUUCUUGUGCUCGUUAUUCCUCUUCCUGUAGUUCUUAACUUACAUCAUUGUCUCCUGUAGUUUUUCUUAUUAACCGCCAAUAGUAUCCUCUCCUUCUCCUAUCCUGUCCUAUCCGCUCCUAUCCUAUCCUAUCCUAUCCUAUCCUAUCCUAUCCGCUCCUCUCCUAUCCUAUCCUUUCCUGUCCUAUCCUAUCCUAUCCUAUCCUAAGAAAGCCACUAAGACCAAAAGAAAAGGCAUCGGAAGGAGAUGUACAGAAAGAUGGAGCUGGACAGUCGACUGAGACUGCGGACGGUGCGGAAGCAGGGGAUGCCGCGGAUGCAGGGGCUGCCGAUCAAGGUGAGCGUGAGAAUGACCACCAGCCGACGGAGGAGCCCGGAGCCGAACAACCUGGGGAUGACCAGUCGAGGCAGGGCGCUGAAGCUACGGACGUCGGUGCGAAGCAGGGCGCGGGAGGUGGGGAUGACCAGUCAAGUCAGG